AUGGGUCGGCAAAAGCAAGCUGCGCCUCUACAGCGAAAACCGUCUUCCCAGUUGAUGCACACGCAAGAGGAGACACCAAGGGAUUUAAAAGCCCAAACAAAUGGAUCCGCAAAGUCAACUUCAGAUGUUCUAGCAAGCACUCCAGCAAAGGCUGCGCCUCUGGAAACCGCCGCUGAGUCCCCGGGGGUGGUGGAACUUCUUAUUUGCGUCGCCGGUAUAUACGCAGCAUUCCUAUCAUGGGGUGUUUUACAGGAAGCUAUCACCACCACGGCAUACCCUGUCCGAGUCGCUACAGCCUCUGAGCCCGAGCCCCCAACAGAACGAUUUACAUAUUCUCUGGUCUUGAACACAAUCCAGUCCACCUUCGCUGCCAUUACCGGGUUUGCGUACCUUUUCUUCUCCACUCCGAAGGGACAGAAGGUCCCUGCGGUCUUCCCUACCUCCCGAAUCCUUACUCCUCUUCUCCUUGUGAGCAUAUGCUCAUCGCUCGCCUCGCCAUUUGGAUAUGCUAGUCUCGCCCAUAUAGACUACCUGACCUUCAUUCUCGCCAAGUCCUGCAAGCUCCUUCCUGUUAUGCUCCUCCAUCUGACGAUCUUUCGCAAGAGAUACCCGCUGUACAAGUACGCGGUGGUGCUUACUGUGACUCUGGGUGUCGCGACCUUCACCCUGCACCAUCCGGGCACAAGUAAGAAGGUCGCUGCAUCGGCAGAAAAGCAGGCUGGAUCGUCUUCAUGGGGUAUCUUCUUGCUCUCCAUUAACCUCCUUCUUGAUGGAUUGACGAAUACCACCCAAGACCAUGUCUUCUCCUCGCCUAAGGUGUACACCCGAUUCACUGGGCCCCAGAUGAUGGUUGCGCAGAAUGUGCUAUCUACGUUUUUGACUGCUGCAUACCUCUUGGUAAUGCCGCAUAUCUCCCGAAGCGGGGUCCUUCAUAACCUUCUUCCUUUCCCUAUUCCCCCGUCCACGGAGACAGAGCUCUGGUCUGCUAUCUCGUUUCUUCAAAGACACCCUGAAGCUUUGAAGAAUGUGCUGGGCUUUGCUGCAUGCGGAGCGGUCGGACAGGUGUUCAUUUUCUAUACCCUGUCUCGUUUCUCCUCCCUGGUUCUUGUUACUGUUACAGUGACACGAAAGAUGCUCACCAUGCUUCUCAGCGUGUUCUGGUUCGGUCAUUCUCUGUCAGUUGGACAGUGGCUGGGCAUUCUUUUGGUAUUCGGUGGUGUUGGUGCAGAGGGCCUGGUACAAAGGCAGGAGAAGAAGGCAAAGGAGCAGGCAAAGCUCGAAGCUGCAAAGAAAGCGCAGUAG